AUGAAGCUAAAAUUUAAAUUUAAAAUAAUUUUACAGAUAUUCCAGGAAGACUUUAGGUUUAUAUUGUUUAAGUUAUAUAUUUCAGAAACCCUUGAGUGCCUACCAACUGACCUGAAGACACUUUUAUUUGCGUAUUCAAUUGAUUUGGAGGCCAGUGUUGUUUCGGAAUCGGCCAGUACCCUGUUUGGAAACUUGGACUACUAUGUAACAAAAUUUGCAAACGUUUAAUUUGACACUAGCCAAUCUGCAGAAAUAUACUACAGUUAUGAUUACCAACAAUUGGUUUUGGCAGCAGUUCAAUUGGUAGUGACUCGUUGAAAAUUGUUGAGAAUUUUUACGACAAAUCUCUAUUCUCUGUUUGUGGAUCUGUAGUUGUGAUUCUCUCGAAACGAAACCCAAAUGAAGUGGAAAUUACCAAUCAAGUAGCCAAAAUUCGAUCUCAUCAUGGAAUAGUUCAUGUAAUUGCAUCAAAUACUCCAUCAGAUGGAUCCCAACCACUUACCCUCUAUGACCUCUCAUCUAAAACAAAUGGACUGACUGAUUUUCGAAAUGAUGAUCAAUUCUACAAUUCUGCAAUUGAUUUUUACGGCUUAAAUCGACCUAUAGCUUUUUACGCGGUAAACCCUGUAGUGUCUGGAAAAGGUUCUAUUGUACUGCCUCCACUAUUCCACACUCAACGCGAGGGAGCUGCCUUUGCAGUUACUGUACAGAACCAUGGCCCUAUUGAUACAUUCAAAUCAUUUCACCUCUCUUAGUACAAUGCUUCUUCAACUUCUAAUGGCGGUUUCUAUGGUUAUCCAGAAUCCCAGUACUAUGAGAAAAAUGGCACAAUUCGAACAGGUGGUGAUAUUCUUAAUGCUGCUAUCUACAAUAUGACUUUGGAAUACUCAUACUCGGACAAUACCCCAUUCAAAAUGCAGAUUAGAGCAUACACUUACAUGUAUCUCGACUACUGGUCACCAUAUGCUGACUAA